UACCUCUGAGUCCCAUUAGAGGGCGAGGGUUUCAUAAACCCUAGCAAAAACCCUACCCUUCGUCGUCCUCGCCUCGGUUGAAGCCCUAACCCUAAUCCUAACCCUAACCCUAAUCCAGUCGGAGAAUGGCGUUCUCGGCGCGGAUGAAGGAGCUGAUGAAGAAGUACGGCAAGGUGGCGCUCGGCGUCCACCUCUCCGUCUCCGCCGCCUCCAUCACCGGCCUAUACGUCGCCAUCAAGAACAACGUCGACGUCGAGGGCAUCUUCCAGAGGGUCGGCCUCUCCUCCGUCGCCGGCGAUAAUCCCGGCGCCGCCGACCCAGCCGUCGUCUUGGACGGCUCCGACUCGGCGGCGCCCGGCGGCGCCGCAACGGGGGAGGAGUGGGAGCAGCAGAGGAAGAAGAGGAACAGGACGGCGGAGCUCGCUGCGUCGAGCGGCGGAGCCCUAGCUCUGGCGAUCCUCUGCAACAAGGCCCUGUUCCCUGUUAGGGUUCCGAUCACGAUCGCCCUCACGCCGCCGAUCGCUAGAUUUCUCGCUAGGAGGAACCUCCUCAAGACUCAAGUAUGAGCAACUCUCUCUCUCUCUCUCUGUCUCUGUUCUUGUCAUUAUAUCAGCAUGUUAUGCUUUUGAUCGAUUGUGGAAUAACUGGAAAUGGUAAAGGAGGGAUCUUUCAGUGUUUCCCCUCCAUUAAUUUCGGAAAUAGGAAUUAUCUAUCAAAAUGCUACAAAGUUUUUGUGUAUGAAGAUGAUGGGACAAUCACGACUCGGCGUUCUCUCUAGCAUCAUAUUUAGUCUUGAUGUUUGAUGUCAUAUUCGGUACUCGAUAUUUCAUUUGAUCCAAUUCACUUUUAUAGUAAAUGUUUGUUGUUUGUAUGCCCACGGUGCGAGUAGUGUCACUGGAAAUUUAUUUGGUUUGCAUUGGCUAUUUUAA